UAGACGAUGUAAGAGGUCAUUUUCGAGUAUAGUUUGUGGAUCAAAAAAGUGAAACUAGAAAGUUCCCUUUUGGUUGAAAGUUGAAACUUCCAGAAGUUAUCCUUUUAAAAGUAUCAAUUCUUACAUGCACACUAGUCACCUUAAGAAAAGGCUUAUAAAUAGAUUGGCGUAGUUCCAUCUUCCUCAUCCUCAAACCUUGAGUCUCUUAUUCUUCUCGUCGACUAUUAGCAUAAAAACUCGCUGUAUUUUCAACAUUUUUCAUCACCAGUUUCUCACUCAAGCAAAGGGAUUGCCGUAUAAGAUAAUGGAUGUUGUGAAGGGUUUGGUGCAAGAAAGGCCAGUGGUUAUCUUUAGUAAGACUAACUGUCCUGUGAGCCACUCGAUGAGACAGCUCAUCAGUGGCUUUGGUGCUAAUCCUACUGUAUAUGAACUCGAUCAAAUGCCAAAUGGACGAGAAAUCGAGAGAGUCUUGCAGAUGAUGGGCCGCAGACCCAGCGUGCCCUCCAUCUUCAUUGGUGGAAAUUUUGUUGGGGGGCCUAAUGAUGUGAUUAGCCUUCAGGUGCAAGGCAGACUUGUACAAAUGCUGAUGGAUGCCGGUGCUAUUUGGGUCUGGAAUAGGAACUAGCUAACUUUAUCCAGGAUGUUCGGCAGUUAGAAGUAGAAUAAGAGAAAUAGGUCCAAUUUUAUAGAGGACUUGCAUAUUAUUACUAAUGCUAUAGCUAAGUUGUUGGAAAUAAAGUUUCUUCUUCAGUGCCUUACUUUUCCAUGCACAAUCAUCAUUGAAAAAUAGUGUUUUUCAAUGAUCUAAUCAAAUUCUCCUCCUGUCACAUGAACAAAAAGUUUACUUAUAAUGAAUAUUAGUUUUUACAUCUGGAA